AUGAUAUUCCUUGUCUACCUGUGCAGUUUGUUGAUGAGAAAAAGAAUUACACGCCCUUCCUUCGCCCGCAGGCUGGCCGUUAGCUGGGGGCGCGAAAAAUGCGAGGAAUCCGGUUCAAGUAGCUCAGAAUCCAGCGCAAGUGCAUCCUCAGAACAGCAACAGGGCUUACAAGAUGCCGGAGUUCAGUUGUUCGCUGGUCUUACGCCGGUGGACGAACUAUUAGCAGAUGCCGAGUAUGCUUCUGUAGUAGAUGUGACCGCCGGUGCGGCAGUUCAAGCUUUCCUGAGAGCAACCGCUGAACGGGUAACGAAAGACGGGAUGAGCGCAGAUCUGAAGAGGGGAGGCCAAGAUCCAUUUAAUGAGGGGGAUUGGGCAAAAAAGCUUAUACUUGAGAUGCCGCUUCAAGAAGGCCCGCUACAGCCUGCCCCCCCUCUCGACCCUGACUUGGAUGCUUUUAUUGACGCCGUGUUGCUUGGCAGCGAAGAUCCCCUUGCUGAAUCGACCUGGCUGCCAGAAUACGAACCACAGAACUCUGAACCACUUGAUCUGUCUGUUGGUUCGCGGCCUUCCACAUCACGAGGCGCCGCUGGCUUGGCGCAGGCAUGGGGUACGAUGUAUGACCAACUCUCAGUUUCCUCUCACGGACCAGACGACCUUAGGGAAAACCAAAAAGAGAGAAGCAGAAAAACGCAGCAGCCAACCGCAGGCCCCUCAGCCCCCCAAAAUAUACCACGUGGCUCAGCUGCCGACGUUUCAGGUCCUCUUCCCUUCACUGAGGCUUCCUUUGCUGCCGCGAAGGUACAACCGGUAGUUGCUGCAGCGCCUCAAGUGGUGGCUGUUGCUGCAGCGCAACAAGUGGUGGCUGCUCCUGAAGAGCUUCAAGUGGUGGAUGCUGCUGAAGCGCCUCAAGUGGUGGCUGCUACUAAAGGGCCCCAACGGGUGGCUGAUGCAGACCCUCAACCGGCGGCUGUUGCAGCGUCUCAAUCGGUGGCUGCUGCAACGCCCCAUCCGGUGGCUGCUAUAGGCCCUCAACCGGUGGCUGCUGCAGCGCCUCAACAUGUGAAUGCUGCUGUGACGCCUCAAUCGGUGGCUCCUACCGCGCCUCCGACGCCUGAUUCACACCAGCAGAGGAAACGGGAGCUGUCUAGCUACUUGGAAGCAGCUUCAUCUCUUGCUCCUGCAAAAAGAUUAAUUAUCCUUAAGCAGCCAGCAGCAAUCAUACUGCCCUCAUUUUCCUCUGGGGCCCCUGCUUCUGCCUCGCGGCUGCUGCUGCCUGCUGUUACCAUCUUGCGUCAGCAACGCGCACCAUCUCAACAGCCAGCAACAGCGUCGGUGCCGCCUUCUGAUGGGGACUUCCUACUAUAUUUCGGUUGGCUCACGCAUGUCUUUCCGGGGGUUCCUCCGGAGCUUUUGAAGUCCCAUCCAUAUUAUCGCGUUCCUCCAAUCCAAGAGACAUCUGUAAAUAAGAAGACAGUGAACUCAAGAAGCUUUGAUAUGGAAUUAGCCUUGACGUUGUCUACAACCCAAAGAAGUGCUUGGGGAAAGGGCAUUGAAGCAUUCUUGGUGGCCACUUGUACUCCUCCACAUACGUGA